UUGCCAAUGGCGUCGGUAGCAGAGCUGUAGAUUUUCUUUUGUUCUCAGCUCCGGAAGAGUUUAAAAAACACUCUGCCCCCUCUACUCCAUUCCAUUCUCAGAACAGAGACAAUGGGAACCUCCUCAGUUCCCAGAAAGCUCUCACCUUUCUUCUUCUUCUUCUGCAUCUUCCUCCUCAUUGUUGGUGUGUUGGAGCUGAUCCAGGGCAGCGUGACCUACGACAGGAAGUCCCUCAUCAUCAAUGGCCAUAGGAGAAUCCUCAUCUCCGGCUCCAUUCACUACCCAAGAAGCACCCCCGACAUGUGGGAAGAUCUCAUACAGAAGGCUAAGGAUGGUGGGUUGGAUGUUAUCGACACCUAUGUCUUUUGGAAUGUUCAUGAGCCCUCUCCCGGCAAGUACGAUUUUGAGGGGAGAAACGAUCUUGUACGGUUCAUCAAGACAGUGCAGAAGGUGGGGCUUUAUGCUCACCUCCGCAUUGGACCCUAUGUCUGUGCAGAGUGGAAUUUUGGGGGAUUUCCUGUUUGGUUGAAGUUUGUGCCUGGAAUCAGCUUCAGAACCGACAAUGGACCUUUCAAGGCUGCAAUGCAUGGGUUCACUCAGAAGGUUGUCCAGAUGAUGAAAAACGAAAAGCUGUUUGCUUCACAAGGUGGUCCCAUCAUACUCUCCCAGAUCGAAAAUGAAUAUGGGCCACAGAGCAAGGAGCUCGGGCAUGAAGGUCGCUCUUAUGUAAAUUGGGCUGCGAAGAUGGCAGUUGGAUUAAACACAGGAGUCCCAUGGGUUAUGUGCAAGGAAGAUGAUGCCCCUGACCCUGUGAUAAAUGCAUGUAAUGGUUUCUACUGUGAUGCCUUCUCACCCAAUAGGCCCUACAAGCCAACACUGUGGACUGAAGCUUGGAGUGGCUGGUUCAUGGAGUUUGGUGGGCCAAUACAUCAACGUCCGGUUGAAGAUUUGGCCUUCGCUGUUGCCCGGUUCAUACAGAAGGGCGGCUCGUUUGUUAACUACUAUAUGUACCAUGGAGGAACCAACUUUGGACGCACAGCCGGUGGCCCAUUCAUUGCUACCAGCUAUGACUAUGAUGCUCCAAUAGAUGAAUAUGGUCUGCUCAGACAGCCAAAAUACGGCCAUUUGAAGGAGCUUCACAAGGCAAUCAAACAAUGUGAACCUGCUCUUGUUUCUUCAGAUCCAAAAGUUACUUCACUUGGAACCUAUCAACAGGCUCAUGUGUUUUCUCCAAAGAAUGGAGUUUGCUCUGCCUUCCUCGCAAACUACCACAUGAAAUCUUCUGCUCGAGUCACUUUUAAUAACAUGCACUACAAUUUGCCUCCUUGGUCCAUUAGCAUACUCCCUGACUGCAGGAAUGAAGUAUUUAACACUGCUAAGGUUGGAGUGCAAACUCUGCAAAUGGAAAUGUUGCCAACUAUAUCAUGGUCUCUCUCAUGGGGGACUUAUGAUGAAGAUAUUUCUUCCCUCGAGGAAAAAUCAAGUUUUACUUCUGUUGGAUUGUUGGAGCAAAUAAAUGUCACUCGAGAUAGUAGUGAUUACCUUUGGUACAUAACCAGGGUUGACGUAAGUCCAUCUGAGUCAUUCCUGCGGGAAGGGAAGAAGCCGAAUCUCUUUGUUCAGUCAACCGGCCAUGCUCUUCAUGUCUUCAUCAACGGACAAUUCUCAGGGUCAGCCUUUGGAUCGAGGGAGAACAGGGGAUUCACAUUCAAUGGACCAAUCAGUCUCCAUGCUGGGACGAAUAAGAUAGCACUGCUCAGCAUUGCGGUUGGAUUACCGAAUGUUGGGUUGCACUUUGAGACAUGGAAAACUGGGAUUCUUGGUCCGGUUUCAAUCAGCGGCCUGGACCAUGGAAACAGAGACUUGACAUGGCAGAAAUGGUCCUAUCAGGUUGGACUAAAAGGGGAGGCAAUGAACCUAAUUUCUCCUGAUGGUGUUUCGUCUGUUGACUGGAACCGUGUAUCUCUCGCUACCCAUACCCAGCAACCUCUGAGAUGGCACAAGGCUUACUUUGAUGCACCCAAGGGUAAUGAACCAUUGGCUCUGGACUUGCGGAGUAUGGGGAAGGGGCAGGUGUGGGUAAAUGGGCAGAGCAUCGGGAGAUACUGGUUGGCCUACGGCCACGGAAACUGCGAUCAGUGUAGCUACUUGGGAACGUUCCGGCCCACGAAAUGCCAAUCUGGUUGUGGUGAACCAACGCAAAGAUGGUACCAUGUCCCUCGGUCUUGGUUAAAGCCAACACGGAACCUGAUUGUGGUAUUCGAGGAACUGGGUGGGGAUGUGUCGAAGAUCUCACUCAUGAAGAGGUUCGCGAAGAGGGUCUGUGCUGAUGUUUACGAAAAUCACCCUACCUACUUCAAGAAGAACAUCAUUAUGGAAAGCCAUCGGAGCAAAGCAGUGGAAGCGCAUCGUGGGGCCAAAAUUCACUUAAGUUGUGCCGCAGGCCAGACCAUUUCGAGUGUCAAGUUUGCUAGUUUGGGGACUCCGACAGGGACUUGUGGUAGUUUCCAGACGGGAAGUUGUCAUGCUUCUAAUUCUCAUGUCAUAGUAGAGAAGGAAUGUGUGGGAAAGGAGAGUUGUUCGGUCAACAUAUCAAAUAGCAGCUUUGGAAUUGAUCCUUGCCCUAAAGUGUUGAAGCGAUUAUCAGUGGAAGCUGUUUGUUCUUAGCUCGAUACUGAUUCGAGAAUAGAAAGAAUGCCUCAGGAGUGUAGAGAAGAUUUAUAUACUAAGUUGUAGAAACAAAUAGAACCUACAAACUACAAAAGUGUUUUUAGAUAGUGUUGGUAUCUAUAGAUCGGGGUAGAAAGAAAGAAAUGGUUAUGGCCAGAGAGUGCUGAAUCGCCGCUGCAGCGGCGAGCCAAGGGUGAAAUUAUUUAUGUUCCUGGAAUUGUUGUACAAAGACUCUUUGAUUCGUGCAAAAGAUGCUUCCAUCCCUGUUUGGUA